CUGCUCCCUGCCGCCUCAGCUCCUCCACCCUCGACACUCCAGCGGAGAUGGUGAAGGCCAUUAGGGUCCACGAGGUGGGCGGCCCCGACGCGAUGCGAUGGGAGGAGGUGCAUGUGGGGGAGCCCAAAGACGGGGAGAUCCGGGUGAAGAACACCGCCGUCGGCGUCAACUUCAUCGACGUCUACUUCCGCAAGGGGGUCUACUCCGCGCCCCUCCCCUUCACACCCGGUAUGGAAGCUGUUGGCGUGGUGACCGCCGUAGGGCCUGGCAUCACUGGCAUGAAAGUCGGGGACGUUGUCGCGUACGCCGGCAUGCCUAUGGGUUCCUACGCUGAAGAACAGAUCAUACCGGCCAGUGUCGCCGUCCCUGUCCCGUCUUCAAUCAAUCGUAACACUGUGGCUGCUAUCUUGCUCAAGGGGAUGACUGUCCAUGUUUUGAUCCGCCGUGUAUUUAAGGUUGGGCCUGGACACACUAUUCUGCUCCAUGCCGCUGCUGGUGGAGUUGGUUCGCUCCUUUGUCAGUGGGCGAACGCACUUGGGGCCACGGUCAUCGGAACCGUCUCUAACGAAGAGAAAGCUGUGCAUGCGGCUCAAGAUGGAUGUCACCAUGUGAUCAUUUCCAUCAAGGAAGAUGUCGUGGCGAGAGUCAAGGAGAUCACAGACGGAAAAGGUGUAGAUGUGGUCUAUGAUUCUGUUGGAAAGGAUACAUACAAGGUUUCUUUGGAAUCCUUGGCUGUCCAUGGUUACCUGGUGUCGUUCGGGGAGUCCUCAGGUUCACCCGAUCCAAUUUUGAUCAGCGACCUGUCUCCCAAGUCGCUGUUCCUGACAACGGCCAGCAUGUUGACCUACACGGGCACCCGCGAUGAGCUGCUCCAGUCGGCAGGUGAGGUGUUUGCCAACCUGGCCAGCGGGGUGCUGCGCAUCCGCGUGAACCACACGUACCCAUUGUCCGAGGCGGCCCGCGCCCAUGCCGACCUCGAGGCCAGGAAGACCUCAGGGUCUAUACUGCUCAUCCCGGACAACUAAACAAAUAUCCUUUUUUUUUAGUUUCCGUGUUAUGGCGUAUGAAUAAACAGGGGAUGAUCUGUGUGUGUGCAAGCCUCUGUCCGUGUGAUCUGUUUAUAUGUUGAAUUCAGUAAGGACGAGCGUGUGGUAGUAGUAGUACAGUUGUGGUCCUCCUGUCCACGUCAGUGUGGAGUAAGUACCUUUGUGGAUGAUCAUCUAUCUAUAUGUCAUGUGGUUUGUUAUUGGUU